UGCUCGCUCCCGGCCCCCAUGCACCCGCAGCGCGCCCCCGCAACGCACCAGCGCGGCCCCAGCUCACACGCUCAGUAUCCCCCGCUCUCCCCAGUCUAUACGGUAUCGCCGACGCAGUCCGGGAGAACAGAACUCGCGGAUCUUCCUAUUCGCCCCCGGUGUGUGGCAGCAACAGAGCCCAGCGCCAGCUCCUUGCGCCCGGGCCGGCGCCACCCGCACCCAGCAGCUGAGGCCCCGGCGCUCGGCUGCUUCCUCCCAUCCCACCCGAUUCCGUCCGUGGAGGGACCCCCACCCGGAGCAAAUAUUCCGGAGAAAAAGAGACUCCCGGAGAGGACUGCUGCGGAGAUGGAGGCGGUGGGGCCCGGUCCUCCACCGACCAACCUCUUCCAACCUCCGCGGCGUCCUGGCUUGGGAACACUUGGAAAACCAAUUAGGCUUUUGGCCAACCACUUCCAGGUGCAAAUACCGAAGAUUGAUGUUUAUCAUUAUGAUAUAGACAUUAAGCCUGAGAAAAGGCCCAGAAGAGUCAACAGGGAGGUGGUUGACACAAUGGUGCGUCACUUCAAGAUGCAAAUAUUUGGUGACCGCCAGCCAGGAUAUGAUGGAAAGAGGAAUAUGUACACUGCGCAUCCGCUGCCAAUUGGGAGGGACAGGGUUGAUCUGGAAGUGACUCUCCCAGGUGAGGGCAAAGACCAGACUUUCAAAGUGACCAUUCAAUGGGUGUCAGUUGUGAGUUUGCAGCUUCUCUUGGAAGCAUUAGCAGGACAUCUGAGUGAGGUUCCUGAAGACUCUGUGCAGGCUCUUGAUGUCAUCACCCGUCACCUGCCGUCUAUGAGGUACACUCCAGUUGGGCGAUCCUUCUUUUCACCACCUGAGGGUUACUAUCACCCAUUGGGUGGAGGUCGUGAGGUUUGGUUUGGCUUUCACCAAUCUGUGCGUCCAGCGAUGUGGAACAUGAUGCUUAACAUUGAUGUUUCUGCAACUGCUUUUUACCGUGCUCAGCCAGUCAUAGAGUUCAUGUGUGAAGUCCUUGACGUACAAAACAUCAAUGAGCAGACCAAACCACUGACUGACUCUCAGCGUGUUAAAUUCACCAAAGAAAUAAGAGGUUUAAAAGUAGAGGUCACACAUUGCGGUCAGAUGAAGCGGAAGUAUAGAGUGUGUAAUGUUACCAGGAGACCUGCAAGCCACCAGACAUUUCCCCUGCAGUUGGAGAAUGGCCAGGCUAUGGAGUGCACAGUUGCCCAGUACUUCAAGCAGAAAUACAGCCUGCAGUUAAAAUAUCCUCAUCUUCCUUGUCUGCAAGUGGGUCAAGAGCAGAAACACACAUAUCUGCCCCUUGAGGUCUGUAAUAUUGUAGCUGGGCAGCGAUGUAUAAAGAAACUGACUGACAAUCAGACCUCCACCAUGAUCAAAGCAACAGCCCGGUCUGCUCCAGACAGGCAAGAGGAGAUUAGCAGGCUGGUGAGUGCCUCUGAUAUUUGGAUGCUUCUACCUCUGAAGCGUCUAAAACCUCAGUGCGCAAGAGAGGGCGAAGUGGACCAGCAGUCAGAUAGUGAAGAUUUUGACAGCCCAGGCAUUGAUAAUCUCAUCAGAGCGGUGCAUCAGUCUCUGAAGUUUACGGAAACUGAGGAGCCUCUGACAAAUGAUGAAGUCGACUUUGCUAAACAGCAGAGGACUCCGAUGUGUUUUCCUGUUUCGGGAUCUCUUAAUAAGAUGUUACUGGAAAAGCGACAGAAUCCGGAUAAACGGUUUUCUAUACCUCGCAGAUUUAAGUCUAGUUACCCAUUUCCAGAGGCUGUGACAGCAACAUGGGAGAAUCCGCCAUUGGUGGAUUCACUGACCUUGGCUGUCUCCUGGGCUGCUAAAGCCAUUAAAUCAUGGUUACAGGCCUUAGAGGAGGAAUUGAGCUCAGAUAUGUCUGAGGACUGCAUGACCUACUUAGCUGUUAUGCAGAGUUUCACAGACCAACUAAGGAAGAUAUCGAAGGAUGCAGGAAUGCCCAUUCAAGGUCAGCCAUGCUUCUGUAAGUAUGCACAGGGUGCAGACAGCGUGGAGCCGAUGUUCAAGCAUCUAAAGCUUACCUAUGUGGGUCUACAGCUCAUUGUCGUUAUUCUUCCUGGAAAGACUCCAGUCUAUGCCGAGGUGAAGAGAGUAGGGGAUACGCUCCUCGGAAUGGCCACCCAAUGUGUGCAGGUGAAAAAUGUAGUGAAAACCUCUCCACAGACGCUCUCCAAUUUAUGUCUGAAGAUUAAUGCAAAGCUAGGAGGCAUAAACAACGUGCUGGUCCCUCAUCAACGUCCCUCAGUGUUUCAGCAACCAGUUAUAUUCCUGGGUGCAGAUGUAACUCAUCCCCCAGCCGGUGAUGGCAAGAAACCAUCUAUUGCUGCUGUAGUGGGCAGUAUGGAUGGUCAUCCUAGUCGGUAUUGUGCUACUGUGCGUGUGCAGACUUCUCGCCAGGAGACUUCGCAAGAGCUGUUGUACAGUCAGGAAGUCAUUCAGGAUCUUAGCAACAUGGUUCGGGAACUCCUCAUCCAGUUUUACAAAUCCACUCGCUUCAAGCCCACCCGCAUAAUCUACUAUCGAGGGGGUGUUUCCGAAGGGCAGAUGAAGCAGGUUGCAUGGCCAGAACUCAUGGCUAUACGGAAAGCCUGCAUUAGCCUGGAAGAGGAUUACAGACCAGGAAUUACAUACAUUGUUGUGCAGAAAAGGCAUCAUACUAGACUCUUUUGUGCUGACAAAACAGAGAGGGUGGGGAAGAGUGGGAAUGUACCAGCUGGAACUACAGUCGACAGCACCAUAACACAUCCAUCAGAAUUUGACUUCUAUCUCUGUAGCCAUGCUGGUAUUCAGGGAACAAGUCGCCCAUCUCAUUACCAGGUUCUCUGGGAUGAUAACUGCUUUACAGCUGACGAACUCCAGCUCUUAACUUACCAGCUGUGCCACACAUAUGUUCGAUGUACACGUUCAGUCUCCAUCCCUGCACCUGCUUAUUAUGCUCGGCUGGUGGCUUUCAGGGCAAGAUACCAUCUUGUGGACAAGGAUCAUGACAGUGCUGAAGGAAGCCAUGUGUCUGGACAGAGUAACGGUCGUGACCCUCAAGCACUGGCCAAAGCCGUUCAAAUUCAUCACGACACCCAGCACACAAUGUACUUCGCCUGACAGAGCAGCAAGAUGCUGCACCAAACUCCCUCCUCCUCAGAGCCCUAAAAUAUAUUGUUUAAACAGUCUCCUGUUGUCAGGUAUAGCUCUUUUGGCUUCCUACCAGCACACUUCAGACUUUUUGCACUGAAUCUCUUCACAGUCUCAUCUGAAUUGAGGAAAGUUGUGAAAUUGUUUUUUUUUUUUAAAUAUUUUUAUUUAAGUAUAUCAAAAACUUAAACUCUUCUGAUGCGUUGGACUGAAUCUUUACCUCAAACUCGCACGAUAUCUGAAGAUUUUGCUCCAUAUGGUUGUCUUUUUUUUCAUUUGUUUUGUUUGAAAGCCAGCAUUUCUCCAUCCUUGGUUAUAACAAGUUGACAUACUUUGUCUUAACUACAUGCUGCUUUGUGAGUAUAUACAUUUAUGGUAAAGUAUAAUUGUGUGGGGCCAUAUACUUGUUAAAUAAGGUUGUCUUUACUGUUUAGAAAAAAAAAGUAUUUUUUUUUUACUACAGGUAUUGCUGUUGGUCAGGUUCUCUUUACCAUUUGCAGGCUUUGUACAUUUUAGAGUGUAUGAGCUGCAAAACUAUUGCACUAUAUUGCAGAUGAAUUAAAGUAGUUGUUUUCUGUAUUAAAUGAAUGUGUAAUAUGAAUAAGAUGUUAAUAUAAGGGCCACAUGGCAAGCACUGCCAUUUGGUUUUUAAAAUGCAGAUUGCCAUUACUUUCCCUGCUGCCCUCCCCAGGAGACAUCCACUUCCCAACACUUUGUAAGUAUUUUGCCAGCACAUGAAAUGCCCGUGUUAUGCUGCUGUGAUUUGAUAACAUUUUUACUCUUGUAGACAGGGUGGGGUUUGGCAUAAUUUUUUGGCAAUAAACCUUUCCAUAACCUCACAGCAUUUUUAUGUAUAUAAUUGUGUUGUAUGUGUAGCAUCCCGCCUUCUGUCUUAAAAUGACUUGUGCAGCUGAUAUAAGGGUAUUAUUAAUCUUAGACUUGCUCUGUAAAUUCAUGUUUUGACCAGGCCGAAUUUCUCCAUGCAUGUUUUAAGCAUCAUUUUAUCCUUUGCCAGCGGGCAGGCACUGCUAUUAGCAUUGAACCCCUUCAAUGCAAGGGCUAAUGCAGCAGCCAUUAUUCAGUAGAAACGUCACAAGAAAUACCAGCAUUUUUAGUCUGUGAUGGAUCUCUGAACCCAAAUCACAUCAGCUGCGCCUCGCACACCAUUUUGUUUGUCCACCUCCCUCUUCAACAUAAAAUAGUCCACCACUUAGAAUUAAUUUGGUAACAACCCAUAACAGGCCCUUCGAACCGAUUAUAUAUUUUUGUUUUACUGCCCCAAAACUGCUGCAUUGUUCCUUUUAUUUCAGAAAGGUGCUGUACCGACCUGUAACAUGUUCUGUAGUAUGAAACCAGCCAGCUUUUCAGUAUACUUCAUUUCUCUGUAAAUAUCGCUAGGAAACCUUUCUUGCUUCAAUCUGCGGUCUCCCAACUAUUUCUGCUGCAUGGCUAUAGGUCUGACAACUUGGUAUUUUUUUUUUCUAUUUUGCAGUUUGGUUUUUUUAUACACACAAACAAAAUAUACCUCACUGGGAUAGUGGAAGUUUGUCUUUUGCUGGGGGGGAGGGGGGUAUUGAUGCUGCUUUAGGCUUUGCUGCUUGGCGACCCCUCAAUGCCAGGUAUUGCCAGCCUCUCCUUGCUCUCUGACUUAUUUAAAUGUAUUCCUUUCAAAGCACGGAUUUUGUUUUUGCGUUCCUAACACGGUUUUCUCAAAUCAAAUGAGCGCUUUACUUCUAAUGGUUACUUUGGCAACUUGCAUUGGCCGUGCUGUCACUUGCCUGGCAUUGAAGGGGUCGCUCUUUGAUGGCUGAGGUGACUAAGUUCAUAUCUACAGCAUUUUGUUUUACUUAUGCAUCAUGCAACAAACCUAAUCUGUGCCAUUAGUCAUGCAGACGUCACUGCGAUGUUCAGCUACAUGCUUGUGACUGGGGUGGGAGGGUCAAUUGCACGCUUUUCUAUAAAUAUGUAAAAUGGAGUCGGGACACAUUCAAAAGAGGACUCUGAUCUGUGCAGUCAGGUAAAAGAAUGGUUAUUUAUGGCUUGUCUUAAACACAGUCCUAGGAUUCUUGUUAAAUAUCAAGGUAGCUUGUGUAGAUAGAGCACCAAGUCGGUAUGUUUGUAUAUUUUUAAAACACUUUAUGGACGUGUUGCAGCAAUACUAUUGUGACCUAUUUUCAACUAAAUAUUUUAAAUCUGUGCAGGAAUGGCACAUUGUCUGUGUGAGAGCUAAUAGGAAUUAUUGUGUGUCUGUGAAUUAUGAUUUCAGUUGGAGUUUAAAAGCCUAGAUUUAAGUAAUGUCAAAGUGUAGCCCUGGUAAGAGUGUGGUGUUUGCCAGAAGAAAAUGUGACCUUAGGCGUUAAGUGUGGGCCAAACAGAUACCGCACGUAAUAAUAAACUGCUGCAUUUUCUGUAACCUGCCGUUAGGUCCAGUAACUAUUGGCAUGCUUGUGCAGUCUCACCUUUGAAGUGUAUUUAUAAUAAGGUGAUUACUUUUAUUUUACCACACUCCUUCCCCUCUGUAUUACCAGCAAGUCUAAUGAUUUAUCUUGCAUCUUCUGGUAUACCUUUUAUUUCAGAUUCCAAAAUACAAGGGAGUUUCAAAUGAUCUCAAAAGGGAUUUAAUAAUUUCCAAAUAAGUGCAUUAAAGUAGCACAUCUGUUCAACAUAUGUAGCAGCCUCACGCAUGUGUGGGUUAUGGGUUUGCAGAUGAGUUUGAUCUGUUUCCAUGUAGCAUUCAAAUCUAGAAAGAUCUAGGACUCUGAAAUUUGUGCUAAUGACAAUCUUAAGUCUAAAUCUUUUAAAGGAACAUGUGAUAUCACAAGAUGUCCUUGCAUGUAAUUGCAUUUUCUAAAAUGAUUUUGGUCUUAAACAUGUUUCAUUGUAAAAUGUGGUACCUUUAAUUUGGCUUUGGAUUAGCUUGACAAAGGCAUGACUACUAGCAAUGGUUCAAAUGAAGGUACCACAAUUGGAUUCUACUCCCUAUAAGAAAUGUGGUAACGUCCAUUUUCCUACAUCUGCUCUUGACAUAUAUAAGUGGUGUAAGGCUGUGCAGACUUAGAAGAAAGGGGACACCUGCUUUCCUUGAGGGCAUUUUAAUAACUUAGUUUUGUUUGGGCUAAUUUUAUGAUCUGUGUGACAGUUGACAAGUUAUUGUAAUAUCACUUUUUUCCUUAUUCUCCAAACAAAUAAGUGAUACUUUACCAUGUUACUAAUUUCUAUAGUGUUUCUAUGUCUAGGGGGUUCAUUGUACAGGGGUUUGCAUUUGUUUGACUUUUGAUGUACAUUUUGUUUAUAUAUUGUUGCUAGAAUUGUAUUGUUCAAAUUGUGUUUUAUUAUUCUGAAUGGAUGUCUAUAGCAAUACGAGGUAAAAAUAAUUUUUUUUUUUUUUUUUCUCCCCCUCUCCUAAGCUAUUUAAGGGCAAUUUAGCAGCCCCAUGUUGCUAGAUAAAGAUGCUGGCUGUAAUUUUUUUUCCUUUUUAUUAUCUUGCAGGGAUAUCAUUUGUUUUUUAAUGUGUUUAAAUGAAAUAUAUGGCAGUAUGCCAAAUAAA